AUGGGUAGAGAUCGAGGUAACUUCAUCAAAAGAAACCUAAAGCUCAAGCGCAAAUUUACUGAGGACGAAGACCAGCUUAUACUAAGCAUGUACGUUCAACAAGGCAUCCACGAUUGGAAAAAAAUCGCCAAAAAAUUAUAUAAAAGAACAGCAAGGCAAUGCAGAGAACGCUAUAAUCAUUAUCUAGCUAAUGAACCUAAGCAAGACGAAUGGACUUCAGAAGAAGACAGCAUACUUUUGAAUCAAUACAACAUUUACGGCCCUAAGUGGACUCUUAUUUCGAAAGAACUUCCAGGAAGAACAUCAAUUAACGCAAAGAAUCGAUAUGCCCUACUUAUGCGUCAUAAGAAGAAACAAGAUAAUCAGAAUGAGAUGAUUGUGAUUAAGUCGCAGGAACCAGCAAUAACUUGUCCAGAUGAUAUAUUGUUUGGAACAUUUAAUGAUGACCCUUUCAGAAUUGACAUAACUUCCUUUUGA